ACGCCGUCGUAUCAAAGGCGAUUGAUCCAGGGCAGGCAGGCAGGCACCCGGAGCAGAGGCAGCCAAGCAGGCAGCGACCAUCAGCCACACACCACCACUGCCGCGCAACGACGGAAAGGGAGGCGUGGUCGUGACUGCCCUUGAAGUCUGGCGUGGGAGAAUUGCACCCUGACAGACAAGCAGUGGAACAGCUUCUUCGGAUCGCAUCGACUACCAGUAGUGCGGCAACCCAUACAUCCUCAUCACUCCCCUUCAGUCCCUCGAUUGCGGAGACCGAUGCCCCUGACAGCAGCUGGCACUUCUGCCGCGGGGGCCGCCGCGGCCGCCACCAGUGGAGAGGACCAGCUGAGGAUCGAGAUGCUAGGCGCGGGCAACGAGGUCGGAAGAAGUUGUUGUGUCUUGACGUUCAAAGGCAAGACGGUGGUAUGCGAUGCUGGUGUUCACCCUGCAUAUACUGGCAUAGCUGCUCUGCCCUUCAUCGACGAGCUGGAUUGGAGUACUGUAGACGCCCUCUUGAUCACCCACUUCCAUUUGGAUCAUGCCGCCGCUCUCACCUACAUCAUGGAAAAGACAAAUUUCAAGGAUGGCAAAGGCAAAGUCUACAUGACUCAUCCCACAAAAGCUGUAUACCGCUUCCUUAUGUCCGACUUCGUCCGCAUCUCCAAUGCUGGUUCAGGGGAUCGCCUCUUUGACGAGACGGAAAUGCUGGCAUCCUGGAGGCAGAUUGAGGCAGUCGAUUUCCAUCAGGAUGUCUCCGUGGGAGGUGGUCUGAGAUUCACACCCUAUCAUGCUGGUCAUGUGUUAGGUGCCUGCAUGUUCCUCAUCGAGAUUGCAGGGCUGAGGAUUCUCUACACGGGAGACUUCAGCAGAGAGGAGGACAGACAUCUGGUACAGGCAGAGAUCCCUCCCGUCAGACCAGACGUAUUGAUCUGCGAGAGCACGUACGGUGUGCAAAGUCUUGAGCCCCGGUUGGAGAAGGAGCAACGAUUCACAACCAUGAUCCACAACGUCGUAUCAAGAGGUGGGCGGGUGCUGCUCCCUGUCUUUGUCUUGGGUCGAGCUCAGGAGCUCCUACUCCUCCUCGAUGAAUAUUGGUCUGCCCAUCCCGAAUUGCAACGGAUACCCAUCUACUACGCUUCCUCGCUGGCGCGCAAGUGUAUCGGGAUCUACCAGACUUACAUUCACACAAUGAAUGAGCACAUCCGCUCUCGCUUCAAUCGCAGAGAUAAUCCCUUCGUCUUCAAGCACGUCAGCAAUCUCAAGAGCUUGGACAAGUUCGAAGACAAGGGCCCUUGUGUCAUGAUGGCGAGUCCAGGUUUCAUGCAGAGCGGUGUCAGCAGAGAGCUUCUCGAGAAGUGGGCGCCCGAUCGUCGCAAUGGUCUCAUCGUCACGGGAUACUCGGUGGAGGGGACUAUGGCUCGAUCUAUCAUCAACGAGCCAGAUGAGAUCAUUGGAUUGAACGGACAGAAGAUCCCGCGGCGGAUGACAGUCGAUUACAUCUCCUUCUCAGCCCACGUCGAUGGGACUCAAAAUCACAAGUUCAUCGACGAGAUCAAAGCUCAGCACAUUGUCCUGGUGCAUGGUGAGGCUACUAAUAUGGCUCGUCUGCGAGGGUCUCUGCAAGGAAAAUACUCUGACAAGUCAGAGGUGAAGAUCCACACUCCUCGCAAUUGUGAACCCUUGAUGCUGAAGUUUCGAGCUGAAAGGCUUGCAAAAGCAAUCGGCUCGAUUGCCGACAACCCUCCCAAGCCGGGAUCGACUCUUUCGGGUCUCCUAGUGUCCAAAGACUUUGCCUAUACCAUUCUUGAUCCAAAGGACCUUGCAGAGUUCACGGGGCUAAGUACUAGUACGAUCAUACAACGGCAGAGGGUGGCCCUGAACGUCAGUUGGGAGAUGACGAGGUGGCAUCUGGAGGGCAUGUAUGGCUCGGUACAAGAAGGAGUCGAUGUUGAAGGGCGGAGAACAAUGAGGAUCAUGGGCUCAAUAGACAUCAAGCAAUCCGCUCCACAUGAGCUCCUACUGGAAUGGGUCUCGAGCAUCAACAACGAUAUGGUGGCGGAUUCUGCCCUUGCGCUGCUCCUAGGCGUUGAUUCCAGUCCUGCGUCGGUCAAGAUGACUACAAGACCUCACAAGCAUGAUCAUGGUAGUGAAGAAGCAGAUGAAGAAGCAGACGACCGGCAUCCCUUUGCUGAUCCAAAGGCCAAGAGCGCAGAAGAUUACAUUGCCAUGAAGCGGAUCGCACGCGCCGCUCAAAUCGCGACCUUCCUCGAAGCUUACUACGGAAACGUCGAGCAGAUUACCAUCGGGAAGGCGCCAGAGGAGCAGCCGGAAUCAGGCGAGGCACAAGGCGAGACAGAAGAUGCGGAAGAGGCAGCAAAUGCCAAGCAGGAGGACGGGCCGCUGAUCAAGGAGGAACCUACGGACGGAGGCUUGCCGGAAGAGGCUCAAGCAAAGCAGGACGGGGAUACCAACGGCGACGUGGCAAUGACGAAUGGACAUGGUGGUGCCGGUGACACUCCCUCGAAGCAGACUCCUCCCUCACUCGAGGAGCUCAUCGGCGGUCCACCGCGCCAAGCACUCCGAGUUUACCUGGACGACAAGGUGGCUAUCCUCGACCUGGAUGAGCUGGCUGUGUACUCUCGCUCUGACGCUCUGAGGAAAAGAGUGCUACACCUGGUCGCGCUGGCGGAUCGGACGGCUACUUCGACGAGCGACGCGUUCCGGGAUGAGAUGGAGGGAGCAGACGGGGCAGUCGAGGAAUUGUUCUUGGGCGCACAUAGCAUCCCCGUCGAGCCGGGAGAGGCUGCAAGCGGAGAGGGAGUGGAAGAUCGUGGAAGUAAGAAGCCGAAGCUAGAAGCAUGAGAAAGCGCUUCACUGCAACAACAACAACACCACAUAGCCUGAAAGCAAUACCAUCAUUACCACGUAGAGCAUUC